AUGGAUCCCACAGCAUCAUGGAUUACACGCAUCAUGGAUAUGAUGCGUGUAAUCUCCAUGACACGGCUCCAAUGGGAGAUCAUGUCAUGGAGCGGUGUAAUGGGGAGCCAUUACGCCCGCGUUGUGGAUGCCCUUACACACUUGGUGGAUCCACUCAUACCUUUACCCCAAUUUCUCCAUGAUGCGUGUAAUCUCCAUGACACGGCUCCAAUGGGAGAUCAUGUCAUGGAGCGGUGCUUGAUACUUAAUUUACUUCUUCUUUUCCUUCUCUUAAUUAACGUUGCAGAUGCACAAAUCAUUGUGAAGUCUCUGCCAGGUUACCCAGGAGCACUACCUUUCAAACUUGAAACUGGAUACGUUGGGGUGGGAGAAAAUGAUAGCGUGCAGCUGUUCUACUACUUCAUCGAGUCGGAGAGAGAUGUCAGCAUGGACCCUCUCGUGCUUUGGCUCACCGGUGGCCCCGGUUGUUCUGCAUUUUCCGGUCUUGUUUACGAAAUCGGUCCUUUGUCCUUUGAUGAUGAACGUUACAAUGGAAGCUUGCCUUCAUUGCAUGCAAAUCCCUAUGCAUGGACAAAGAUUGCCAGCAUUAUCCUUUUGGACUUGCCUGUUGGUACCGGAUUCUCGUAUGCAACUACUUCUCAAGGUUACUUCUCCUCCGACACUAAAUCAACAAAGGAUGCUUACCUUUUCCUGCAAAAGUGGCUGUUAAAUCACCCCAGAUUCAUGAAGAAUCGCCUCUACAUUGCUGGUGACUCCUACGCAGGGAAAAUUGUUCCAAUGGUUGUUUUAGAAAUAUCAAAUGGUAAUGAGGCUGGAUUGAAGCCACGGAUGUCAGUCGAGGGAUACAUGGUUGGCAACCCAAUAACGGAUUCUAGGAAGGAUGAGAACUGGAAAGUCCCUUACGCUGAUCGUCUGGGACUUAUAUCAGAUGAGUAUUACGAGCGGGCUAAAAGUAGCUGUAAUGGGGAAUACAUCAAUCCAAGCCCAAAUAAUACAGAAUGCUUGUUUGCUCUUCACCUCAUUCAAGAGGAUGAUACUUAUGUCCUAAGCAGAGUUUGGAUGAACGACCCAACGGUCCAAGAAGCUCUUCAAAUUCGGGAAGGUACAAAAGAACAAUGGAGAAGGUGCAACGGAAGCAUAUCUUAUGAUAUGGAUGUUGCAAGUGUGUUCGACUAUCACCAGGUUCUUAUUAGGAAAGGAUAUCAGGCAUUAAUAUACAGUGGUGAUCAUGAUAUGGUGGUCCCUUACCUUGGAACACUUCAAUGGAUACGUGAUCUCAAUCUAACUGUUGAGGAUGAUUGGCGACCUUGGUUUGUCAAUGGUCAAAUUGCAGGCUACACACUGAAUUACCAAUUCAAAGAAGAUGUAUGCUGUUUCACAUUUGCAACAGUAAAGGGUGCAGGUCACACUGCUCCAGAAUACAAACCAAAAGAAUGUUUUGCCAUGAUUGACCGGUGGUUCACUAAUUAUCCCUUAUAG